AUGAAGGCAGUGGAGUUUGGAAAUAAGGUGACCACAGGGCCAGCCUUACAGGUGGACGCCAUGGACAGGGGCGAAGGCGGCCGGGCUCCUGCUCGGCUCCCGGUGCGGGCGGCAGCAGCACCAGCCAGUCUCCGGAGCGCAGCGCGGCGGGUCCCCGGGGCGGCGCCGCGGCUGCUGCUGCCGCCGGCGGCGGUGUCGUCGCUGCCGCGGCUGGAGAAGCCCAUCAAGCAGGCCUUCUACAACACCGGGGCGCUGCUCUUCGCCGGGCUGUGCUGCGGCGCCGCCGUGCUGGUCUACUUCAUCCUGGAGGCCUUCCUGCGGCCGCUGCUCUGGGCCGUGCUCUGCGGCACCUUCCUGCACCCCUUCAAGAGCUCGCUCACCGCGCUGGGCCGCCGCUGGCUCGGCCGCCUGCACCGCUCCCGCACCCCGGUGCUGCUGGCCGCCCUGCUGCUGCCCAUCUGCUUCGCCAACUACGGCGCCGAGGCGCUGGGCGAGCAGGUGCUGCGCAGGCGGCGCCUCCUGCUGCUGCUGGGCGCUGGCGGCCCCCUGCUCUACGGGCUCUACUGCCUCGGCAGCUCCCUGGGAGUCCAGGUGCUGCUGGCCCAGACCGGACUCCUGAUCUGCCGGGGGCUCGACUUCUUCAGCAGCCUGUGGAUAUGGACCUUGGUUGUUGGUUAUCUAUUGACCAUUUCAUUCAAGUGGAAUGCAAGCACUGAACGUUAUUUAAGAGCAAUCUCCAUUCCUGUCUGGAUAAUGCUGCUCUUCCACUUAGCUUCUGUGGCUGGCUCCUGGAGGAUUCCAGUAUUUCUGGUUAUAGUUUUUCUGAUGACAGUGGGCAUGUUGCAUGAGCAACAGAGCGGAAAGGAGUCUUCUGGGACGGAACUUCCUGGUCAAAUGAUUUCCAUUGCUGCUUCUACAAUUGCCAUGGCAAUAUCUGUCACAGGAUAUGAUUCAAGUAAUGAGCAACAUUCACCCCAACCCUCAGCCUCAUCCUCUUCGUUUUCCUCCUCUUCAUCCACUUCCGGUGGCAGACACAGGCCUGAGAUUGGAGCUUUUCUUAGAAAGAAGAAAACCAGUGAUAUCUACUUUGUUACACUUGUAUGGGCCAUUGUCGUAGUCCAAAUCUGGCUGAAUCUCUGGAUUGUGCAGUUAUUGCCAGUUCCUGUUGCAGUUUGGGUUGUUAAAAAACUUGUGGUCCACUUUGGAGUUGUAAACUUCAUGGCAAAACGUUGUAGUAGUUGGUGGCAUGUUCUGGAAAACUUUGUGAAGGAGCGGCAGGAGGCUCUCGCUCCACGGCCAAUCAGAGGGCUUGGAAGGGUCAUGCUAAAACUUGACAGUAAGAUGAUCGUGUGGUUGGAGAAAAUGCUUGAUAAAAUAAUUAGCAUUUUCAUAAUAUUUUUGCUAGUGAUAGGAACCCUUCUGCUAGCCCUGCUCCUUACGGCAAAGGUACAUCAAGAGAGUGUUCACUUAAUUCAAGUCACAAGCAGCUUGAUCAAUGAGACUGUAGCCAAUCACCCAGAGUGGGCAAACUGGCUCCCUGAAGCUCAGGUCAUUCAAAAAGCUCUCAAUUCGGCUGCUAACAAUGUGUAUCAGUAUGGCCGAGAAUGGAUUACACACAAGCUCCAUAAGAUAUUAGGAGAGAAAGUGAACAACACUGCUGUGAUUGAAAAGCAAGUGCUAGAGCUCUGGGACAGACUUUAUCACUCUUGGUUUGUGAAGAAUGUAACACAUUCUGGAAGACACAAAGGACACAAGCUGCAAAUAAAUCGUCAGAACAGCUGGCUAGGUGACAUUCUGGACUGGCAGGAUAUUGCUUCAUUUGUUCAUGAGAACAUUGAAACAUUUCUUUCAAUUCUGGAGUCCUUGUGGAUAGUGAUGAGUCGUAAUGUGAGCCUACUCUUCACCACAGUAACAACAUUAGUGACAAUCCUCUUCUAUAGUGGGACAGCCCUUCUCAAUUUUGUGCUCUCACUGGUGAUUUUCCUGACCACAUUGUUUUAUCUGUUAAGUUCCAGUGAUGAGUACUACAAACCAGUGAAGUGGGUGAUUAGCUUGACACCUUUGUCUCAACCAGGCCCAUCCUCAAAUAUUGUUGGCCAGUCUGUGGAAGAGGCCAUAAGAGGUGUGUUUGAUGCUUCUCUCAAAAUGGCUGGGUUCUAUGGACUGUACACCUGGCUCACUCACACCAUAUUUGGAAUUAAUAUUGUCUUCAUACCAUCAGCAUUGGCAGCAAUACUUGGAGCUGUUCCAUUUCUGGGAACAUACUGGGCAGCAAUACCCGCAAUUCUAGAUCUGUGGCUCACCCAAGGAGAAGGAUGCAAAGCCAUUUUGCUUUUGGUUUUUCACCUGUUGCCAACGUACUUUGUAGACACAGCAAUCUACUCAGAUAUAUCAGGAGGUGGUCAUCCCUACCUGACAGGCCUCGCAGUAGCUGGUGGAGCAUAUUACCUAGGAUUGGAAGGAGCGAUCAUAGGACCCAUACUGCUUUGUAUACUGGUGGUUGCCUCUAACAUAUACAGUGCCAUGUUAGUGAGUCCAACAAAUUCAGUUCCCACCCCAUCACAAACACCAUGGCCUCUGCAGAUAUAUCAGCCAUCUAGAGAGAGUCCUGAAGAGAUGAAAAUAGCCACAGAGUGAGAUUUACACCAUCUUGCACCUGAUCAACAUGAAGUUGUCACUCUCUUCUACCUGGAUUGAGUUCAGAACAGUCGUGGCCUUCUGUCCCUCUUCCAGCUGUGCCUAGUGACAGCUCAUAGUUAAGCACAGUUUAAAAUAAACCCUCACAUCUGCUGGCCUUACAUUAUUAAGCACUUUGCCUUUGCAAGAGAAACUGUCUGCUUCCCAUCACUUUGCAUAUUAACACACAGACUUAAAGAUCAGAUGCCUUGUGUGUAGUUUUUUUUCUUCAUACAAGAAGAACAAGUAAUACCCACUGAAUCAAGGAUGCCAUCUGCUGAAAUGACUAACUUGGCUUUUAUUUCUUUGGAUGUUUGCAUUGUUAGACUUUUAGUAAUUUUAAACAAGUUAAAUCCCCAAGUCUUUUGUUGCUGAAAUCUUUAGUUGAUCGAAGGGUGUAUUUACUUGUAGAAAUGC